UACGGUUAAUGGGUUUGCCCUUAAGCCAGAUCAUCUGGUCAAAUUUUCCAGUCUAUGAGCAACUCCAAACCCUUAAAAAAAAACAAAGAAGCAACCGCUAUCAUCAACCUCAGCAAAAAUGGUCACGUCUCCUCUUCUCUCACUCCUUGUCCUAGUCUCAUUUCUGGUCCUAGUCCAACCCUCUCACGGUGGUGGCAUAGGCAUCUACUGGGGACAAAACGGGAACGAAGGUACCCUAAAACAAACCUGCGCCACCGGAACAUACAAGAACGUGAACAUAGCCUUCCUCAACGUCUUCGGCGGCGGCCAAAUACCACAAAUCAACCUAGCAGGCCACUGCAACCCAGUCUCAAAUGGUUGCGCAGCCGUCGGCCCCGAAGUCACAUUCUGCCAGAGCCUAGGAGUCAAGGUGUUCCUCUCCCUCGGCGGCGGAACCGGAAACUACUCUCUAUCUUCUGCUUCUGACGCAAAAGAUGUAGCCGAUUAUCUAUGGAACAGUUUCCUGGGGGAAAAAGGAAACGGCAGAGACAAGUCUACUACUACACGUCCCUUCGGCGAUGCCGUUUUGGAUGGGAUAGAUUUCAUCUUAUCAGUUGCAAAUCCAUAUUGGGAUGACCUUGCACGUUAUCUCAAGGCGUAUAGCAAUCCAAGAAGAGCUGUGUACUUAGCUGCAGCUCCUCAGUGUCCAUUUCCCGAUGCGUUCGUCGGCGGUGCGAUUAGUACGGGGCUUUUUGAUUAUGUUUGGGUUCAGUUCUACGACAAUCCUCCAUGCCAGUAUAGCUCAGGAAACACUGGCAAUAUUUUGAACUCGUGGAAUGAAUGGACUACGUCUAUACAAGCAGGGAAGAUAUUCUUGGGGUUGCCGGCGGCUCCAGCGGCUGCUGGAAGCGGGUUCAUUCCGGCUACGGUGCUGAUUUCUGAGAUACUUCCGGUGAUAAAGAAGUCGUCGAAGUAUGGUGGCGUGAUGUUGUGGUCAAAGCAUGAUGAUGAUCAAAGUGGUUAUAGUUCCUUCAUUAUCAAAAAUGCACUAUUAAUACCAGCAAAUGGUCCAACUUCAGUAAACCCUUCUGCAGCUCCAGGGGGAAGUCCAGGAAAGAAGCAGAGUAAUAAAGCUCGGACUAUAAUCGUUAUUGUAGUGGCAAUUGUUGUUUCUCUGGUAUUGGUUAUACUUACAUGCAUUUGUAUUUACGUGAGAAUCAGGAAGACGAAGAAAAACCUUGAAGGCUCAUCCGAAGUGAGAAUUGCAGAAACAUAUGGCCUGCAAGUCCCCUUUCGGUCUAUUAGAGAUGCAACGAAUGACUUUUCUGAAUCAAACAAGCUCGGACGGGGUGGAUUUGGUGUUGUUUACAGAGGCAGGCUUUGGGACAAAAUAGAUGUAGCAGUGAAAAGGCUUUCUAGAGAUUCUUCACAAGGAGAUAUAGAAUUCAAAAAUGAGGUUGAACUCGUGGCCAAACUUCAGCACCGGAAUUUAGUUAGGCUCCUUGGUUUCUGCCUGGAACGAAGCGAAAGAAUUCUUAUCUAUGAGUUUGUUCCAAACGCAAGUCUCGAUCAUUUCAUAUUUGAUCCAAUCAAGCGCGAACAGUUGGAUUGGGAUAUUCGCUACAAGAUCAUAAUAGGCAUUGGGCGGGGACUCCUUUACCUUCAUGAAGAUUCCCGUCUAAAAAUUAUCCAUCGUGAUCUAAAAGCUAGUAACAUUCUGUUAGAUGCAGAAAUGAACCCCAAAAUUGCAGAUUUCGGAUUGGCAAGAUUAUUUGAUACGGAUCAAACACAAGGUGAAACUAAUCGAAUUGUGGGGACCUAUGGAUAUAUGGCUCCAGAGUAUGUAAUGCGUGGACACUUUUCGGUGAAGUCCGAUGUUUACAGUUUUGGUGUGCUGGUUUUGGAGAUAAUAACCGGACAGAAAAAUAGUUCUUUUCGGCAUGAAGAAAGUGCAGAGGUUCUUCUAAGCUACGCCUGGAAUAGUUGGAGGGAGGGGACAGCCUUAAACUUAAUAGAUCCCAUGCUAAGAAGUGGUUUUUCAGGACCUGAAAUAAUGAGAUCCAUUCACAUUGCAUUGUUGUGUGUGCAACAAAAUGUAGCUGCUAGGCCAACCAUGGCUGCAGUUAACCACAUGUACAGCAACAAUUCUCUCAAUCUCCCAGCACCCUCACAACCAGCAUUCUUUAUGCCUGGGGGCAUUGGAUCCUCAUCCAACACAUCGUCGGGAGGGGAGAACAAAUCCAGAAACUUGAUCCAAAUUUCAGCACAGGAUAUGGAUAUGAUUACGGAGCUAUAUCCUCGCUAGGUUUCGAUGCAAGGAUGGGAUACCUGCACGUACAGAAUUUUUAAAUAAGCGGAGCUGUGAAUUUCGGAAUAAGUGGUGCAAAAAUGGAACAAUUUGGAGUUUCCGACAAAAAAAGAAGACAAAAUAGCCAAUGCGGGUCAACCGUAGUCAAAGCAGCAAGAGAGCGAGAUUCAAGUGCGUCUGAUAAUAUGUGCGGAAGUGCAUGGAAAAAAAGUGAAAAGUUUUAGCGAAAAGAACGCAUGCUUAUUAAUUAGGCUAAUUAAUCAAAUGAUUGAUUAACUUGAUUAAUCAAGGAAUGGUGCAGCACGUGUGCACCUAGCUUUUCAUUCUCUUCCACUCAGAUUAUACUGUGCACGUGCAGCCCUCCCCCCUCUAAUCCAUUAGCCACUUGACACGUGGCCUUCACUUAAUUAACCAUUAGAACCCAUUCUCUCUCUCUCUCUCGCACAGUAGCCAUAUAUAUUCAAUCAAACCCUUUCUCUAUCUAUCAGAACAGGCCGCGGCACACCCCAUUCUCUCACCUCUGAACCUCAAUUUCGCCACACACCAAAAUCCCAUCAGAUCCCUCUCUUCUCUUCCCUCUUCACCAAAACCUCACCUCACCACAAUUCCUUCCUUCUCAUAUUUUCUUCCCACCUCACCAAGAUUCACACUUCCUCACUAAGAUCCACUUCACCUCACUAAGAUUUCAUCUUCUCAUCAAUUCCACAAAUUUCAAAGGGGAAGCCCAAGCAUCAAGAACUUCAUCACCAUUAAAUUUGGGUAAA